AUGUCUACUGCUCAAGGAGAACAACAAUAUCGAGGUCGUAGCUCAUCUGAAAAGGUAAAUGAAGCUCUAUGGGGAGAUCCCACUGAAAAGAAGAAGUUCAUACCUUUAUUACCUACCAAGAUUACAGGUGCACUUACCAAAGAACAGAUGUCCAUUUAUCAAGUAAUGUUUAGGAUCCAAGAAAUAACACUGAAAUUGAGAAGUGGUGCCGCACUGGAACCUCCAAAGAGGAAAAAUAGAUCUCCUUCCCCACCUCCAUCUUACGAUGCUCAAGGGAAAAGAAUCAAUACUAGUGAACAAAGAUAUAGAAGAAAAUUAGAAGAAGAAAGACAUAGGUUGGUUGAAAUUGCUAAUCGUACAAUACCAUUUUUCGUUCCACCAAGUGAUUAUGUAAAAAUUACAAGGUUUCAAGAUAAGUAUUACAUUCCUGUAGAACAAUAUCCUAAUGUAAAUUUUGUUGGGUUACUAUUAGGUCCUCGUGGAAAUACUUUGAAGAAGUUACAAGAGGAUUCCGGUUGUAAAAUUUCCAUUAGAGGGCGUGGGUCUGUGAAGGAAGGUAAAAGUUCCACAGAUCUACCAAAGGGUGCUAAUGAUAUGUCUGAUCCUUUACAUUGUGUUAUCAUAGCUGAUACUGAGGAGAAAAUACAGAAAGGUAUUAAAUGCUGUCAAAAUGUCGUUAUUAAAGCAGUCACCUCACCAGAAGGUCAAAAUGAUUUGAAAAGAGGACAACUAAGAGAACUAGCAGAAUUGAACGGUACAUUAAGGGAGGAUAAUCGACCUUGUCCUAUUUGUGGUCUUCAAGGUCAUAAGAGAUAUGAUUGUCCAAACAAGGAAACUUUUGCGCAAAUGGUUACAUGUCGUAGAUGUGGACAAACAGGCCAUACUACUCGAGAUUGUAAAAUCUCUUUGCCUCCUAGACCGUCUCCUUCUCAAACAGAGCUGUCAUAUGCUUCCAAUACUACUGGCCGUUUUAGAACUUCAAAUGAAGGGAGAAAUGACGGGAGAAAUGACUUUGAGCCUUUUAAGAGAAGGCAUAUCGAAUCAAGAUAUCAAGCGGGAGCAACCACGACUGGGCAACCUCGUUCUAGAUACAGUGGUGACAACAAUAACAAUCAGGAAGAUAAUUUUCAAAGAGGACCAGGAUCAUACCAACAGAGACCAAUGUCACAAUCGAGAUAUCAUAAUAAUAAUAAUCCUACACAAAACAUAGGAAGAUUUUCAACUCCAUCACAGCAAUAUGCUCCUCAAAGGACGCCUGAACCAGCAUUACCUCCAGGUAUCGAUUAUAGUAAUAAUGGAAGUAACAGUUUGCCAAUAAAAAACUUUCCAUCAGAAACACCGUCCAUACCACUUCCAAGCAAUUCUUUGAUAGCAUCGAAUAUUUUACCACCUGGUGUUCAUACAGCAGGUCCCCUUCCCUCACAACCGCCUCCAUCUGGACUACCGUCUGUACCAGGAUUAAGUCCAGGUUUAUAUGGCCCGCCACCAGGGCUUCCGGAUUAUUCACAAUCCAAUUCAGAUUCACCUUUUCCAUCAGAAGCGCCACCAGGAAUUGGAGGCCCACCUGGUCUAUAA